UCCGGAGAAUUUAUGGGGAUCGGCGGCAGCGCACAGGCGGCCGUUCAACUUUCCUGCGGGUCUGUCUUGUCGUCCUCCUUGCCGGACAACCGAGGAGUUAUCGCUGGUAUGGGCACACGAAUCAGGGGAUCUCCUGGCAGUGGGAAAUGAGGUCAAAUUCUUGCGCAGACGAAACCUUAAAACGACGUCGUGGCGGUCUAGGCCACGUGCCACGCAGUUCAAUUGCUGGGCGCCUCAGACAUCACACUACGCUUCGCUUGAUGGAAGUUUCUGGUUCAUUUUUAUAUAAUCUACCAGAAUAUUGCCAUUCCACGUUUUGUCUUUCCAAAAUGCCUUCCCAAAUGCGGAACAUCUCAGCGGGAUCCGUAAAAAGAAUCGAAUGUACGCGUCACGGAGACAAAGAAGCGAAUCCAUUCGACCCUUGCUCGUGUCCCUGGACUUCUCCCCUAUCCGAGGUUAUGUAUGUAUCUGAUCAUCAUCGUCGUGAGAAGCAAGAAACAAAUCGAAAAAAAAAAAAGAUCGGCAGCGACGGCGGUGUUCUUCCUCGCACAGAAGGGACGCCCUCAAACCCCGCAUUCCAUACCCAGUGUGCGGAUUCAAACCAGCCCUUGAUAUAAGUUCUUGAAAACUCCUCCUCAGCCACAGCCCUAAACUAUUUAACGAAGAGAACUUUGG